AGGUGCCGCUCGGGGGAGCCUGGGAACCGAGAGCCUGAGGGCGCCCCCUUUGCCAGUUCGCGCGGGAGCCCGAGUCAGGGGGCGCCUCCCCAAGGUCACCGGGCGACCGCGGGGAGGGUCCCAGGCGUCGCGGGGCCGAUUCCGCCCCCUUCCCGGGCUCAGGUGCGCCCAGGUCCCCGCGGGGCCUGAUUCGCCGCGUCACAACCCGGAAGCGAGACUCGGCAGCCGAGCCGCUCGCCUGCUUCCUCACGCCGGCGCAGGGUGCCUGGACCCCGGUGCCCGUCCGUCCUCUGUCAGGAUGCUUUCCAGGAAGAAAGUGGAAACACCCCGCUGAUGCCACCCUCUUCAAACCGGAGUCUUCCCCAUCUGCUUCCUGUCUGCCUGGGGCUCCUGGAAGUCUCUGGUUUGAGCAGCUGUCCAUGUUAACACUGUGUGAGAGGACGCCGAGACCGCCGCGAUGACCCGGUCCUACGUGAGGACGCUGUCCACCAUCCUGCUGGACGCUGUCACCGACAAGGACCCUCUGGUGCAAGAGCAGGUGUGCAGUGCCCUGUGCGCCCUCGGAGAGUCGCAGCCGCAGGAGGCGCUCAGCGCCUGCGAGGAGCACCUGCGGCAGAAUGAGAAGCUGGCACACCCGUACCGGACGAUGGUCCUGAGGGCCAUGGAGACGGUCGUGAGCAGCCACAUCAGCGAGCUGGACAAGGCCACGGCCAGGGCCGUCAUCCUCCUGGCCUUCAGCGAGAUGACCAAGGUGAAGGACGUGGUCUGUGACUGGCAGCAGGCUGCCAGCGAUGUCCUGGUGGCCGUGGGGACGCGCUUCGUCAGCAGCGUGAUGGAGGAGCUGCUGCACGGGCUCCAGCCUGGCGUCCUGCCGCAUUACUUUGUGGUGCGGACCUUGGCCAACCUCUCCGUGUCUAACGUGUUCGGCACGGUGCCCUUCCUGACAUCCAUCCUUGGCACCAUGCUGCCCAUGCUGACUGCGGCCAAACACGACACCAUGAGGGGCGUGUUCUGCUACGCCCUGCAGCACUUCAGCGAGAGCACACUUGAAUACCUGGCCAACCUGGACCAGGCCCCAGACCCCACGGUCAGGAAGGACGCCUUCGCCUCUGACAUCUCCAGCGCCUACGACAUCCUCUUUCACCAAUGGCUGCCGAGUCGCGAGGCUAAGCUCCGGCUCGCCGUGGUGGAGGCCCUGGGGCCCAUGAGCCACCUGCUGCCCAGCGAGAAGCUGGAGGAGCAGCUCCCCAGGCUGCUGACCAGCAUCCUCGCCCUCUACAAGAAGCACGCCGAGACCUGCCACGUGUCCAAGAGCCUGGGCCAGAUCCUGGAGGCCGCUGUGAGCGUGGGCAGCCGCACACUGGAGGUCCAGCUCGACUCUCUCAUGGCCGCGCUGCACGCUCAGAUCUGUGUGCCUGUGGAGUCGGCAAGCCCCCUGGUGCUGAACAAUCAGAAGGAGGUGCUCCGCUGCUUCACCGAGCUGGCGACCUGCUCGCCCGACCGCCUGCUGGCCUUCCUGCUGCCCAAGCUGGACUCCGGCAGCGAGAGGACCCGCGUGGGCAGCCUGCAGGUGCUGAGGCACAUCAUCAACUCGGCCGCUGCUCAGAUGGAAGUUAAGAAGCCCUUUAUCCUCUCCUCCAUGAAGCCUCCUCUUCUGGACACUAAUAGCAAGGUGAAGCGGGCAGUGGUGCAGGUGAUCAGUGCCAUGGCGCACCACGGCUACCUGGAGCAGCCUGGAGGCGAGGCAAUGAUCGAGUACCUCGUGCAGCAGUGCGCACUGCCCCCCGAGACAGAGCCUCAGAAGCCUGGCCCCGACGGCGAGGAGCUCCCGGCGGACAGCGUGCACGCCGUCAGCGUCAGGACCCUCUACCUGGUCAGCACCACGGUGGACAGGAUGAGCGAUGUCCUCUGGCCGCACCUGCUGCAGUUCCUCACUCCCGUGCGCUACACAGGGGCGCUGACCCCGCUGUGCAGGAGCCUUGUGCACCUGGCCCGGAAGAGGCAGGAGGCAGGGCCCGGCGCCCUCCUCAUAAAGUACGACGGCCACGUGACCCUGCCAUCUCCCUACGCCAUAGCCACGAGGCUUCUGGCUGUGUCUUCCAACCCCUACCUGGGAGACGGCCGCGGGGCGGCCUCACUGGGGCUCCUGAACGUACUGCACCGGGACAUCCACCCCUUGCUGGGUCAGCGGUGGGCGACAACCAUCCCCCUGCUGCUGGAGUACCUGGACGAACACACUGAGGAAACCCUGUCACAGAAGGAAUGGGAAGAAAAGCUACUGGUGUUCCUUCGGGACACUCUGGCUGUUGUGUCUGACAACACGUGGGUUUGCCAGCUGAGCCUGGAGAUAUGCAAACAGCUACCCUGCUACAACGGGACACCCCAGGAGAAGAGCUUCCUGUAUAAAUGCGUGGGGACCGCCCUGGGUGCCGCUUCCAGUAAGGAUGUGGUGAGGAAGCACCUGCAGGAGCUGCUGGAGUCGGCCCGAUACCAGGAGGAGGCCGAAUGUGAGGGCCUCGCCUGUUGCUUUGGGAUCUGUGCCGUCUCCCACCUGGAUGAGACCUUGGCACAGCUGGAGAACUUUGUGAGGUCGGAUGUGUUCAGAAAAUCCAUUGGCAUUUUCAACAUUUUUAAGGACCGCAGUGAGAACGAGGUAGACAAAGUGAAGGGCACGCUGAUCCUGUGUUACGGGCACGUGGCGGCCCGUGCACCCCGCGAGCUGGUGCUGGCCAGGGCGGAAUCGGACAUCCUGCGGAACAUCUUCCAGUGCUUCAGCACCAAGGUUCUGGGAAUAAAGGUAGAGACCAAGGACCCAGCCCUGAAGCUGUGCCUUGUCCAGAGCGUGUGCAUGGUCUGCCAAGCCAUCUGUAGCAGCGCGCAGGCCAGCUCCUUCCACUUCUCGCGGAAAGCGGAGCUGGUGGCUCAGAUGAUGGAGUUCAUCAAGGCCGAGCCCCCCGACUCGCUGAGAUCACCCAUUCGCAAGAAGGCCAUGGUCGCCUGCACUUUCCUGGUCUCCCUGGAGCCUGCGCUGGACGAGCAGGAGCGAACGGACAUGAUCCACAGCUGUCUGCACAGCGUCAUGGCGGUGCUGCCCGAGCACGAGGGGGAGAAUGGCAGCCAGGAGUCCCUGUACCCGGACACCAUGCAUGCCCUUGAGGACUUGCUGACGAGCCUCCUGCGGCGGAACAUGACCCCCCAGGGCCUGCAGACCAUGGUGGAGCACCUGAGCCCAUGGAUCAAGUCUCCGCGGGGCCAUGAGCGCGUGCGGGCGCUGAGUGUGAGCGCCUGCCUCCUGCAGUCUUUCCUGGAGCACCUGCACGUCAGCGCCCUGGUGCCCUUCCACAAUCUGGGUCUCCUCGUCGGCCUCUUCUCCCCACGCUGUGUGGAUCUGUGGCCUGCCACCCGCCAGGAGGCCGUGAGCUGCGUCUACUCCCUGCUCUACCUCCAGCUGGGCUACGAGGGCUUCUCCCGGGACUACCGGGACGACGUGGCCGAGCAGCUCCUCACCCUCAAAGAUGGCCUUGUGCACCCCGACCCUGCCAUCCUCUUCCAUACCUGCCACAGCAUAGCCCAGAUAAUUGCGAAGCGCCUCCCGCCAGAUCAGCUCAUCAGCCUCUUGCUCACCUUGUUUGAGAGCCUGGGAGACCCCGACAAGAACUGCUCCCGAGCGGCUACCGUCAUCAUCAACUGCUUGCUGAAGGAGCGCGGCAACUUGCUCCUGGAGAAGGUGCCCGAGAUCGUGAGCGUGCUGCGCUCCAAGCUGCAGGAGACUCCAGAGGAGCACGUGCUGCGGGCUGCUCAGCACAGCGUGUGCCUCCUGGCGACCCAGCACUGCGAGGCCGUGGUGUCCAGCCUCCUGGGCAGCCCCCUGCCCUUUGACAGCCACACCUGCACCCUGUGGCGGGCGCUGGCCUCAGAGCCCGACCUCCCCGCGCAAGUCCUGGGGCUCCUCCUGCAGAAGAUGAGUAGGGACGUCCCGUUCAAGGAGAGCCGGGCCUUCCUGCUGAGCAGCUCCCCCGACCGCGUGGCCACGCUGCUGCCCCUCGCGGCCACCUGUGCGCUGUCCGAGGUCAUGUCUGUUCCGGCGUCUGCGCCUGCCGUGCUGGAGCUGUACCCCCAGCUGUUUGUGGCACUGCUGCUACGUGUCGGCUGCACCCUGGGCGUCCACCUGCCCCGCAGCCUACAGGCCAAGGAGCGGAGGGCCACCGGCUCGGGCCUGGCCUCCAGGACCCUUGAGCCCUGCAGCUCUGCAGUGGGUGCUCUGCAGCUCGCCCUGGUUCGAGGGGGCAGCGAGGAGGUGGUGCAGCGUGUGGAGCUGGAGCGAGGCUGGGAGUCACUCAGGACGUCAGUGGGGCACGAGGAGGGUGUGGCCCGGCUGGCCAGUGCCAUGGCGAAGUUCGCAGGCCCCCGGCUGCCUCUGGUGAUGAAGGGGCUCGUGAGCACACACAGCAGCGUGUACGAGAUCCAGAGGGUCACCUCCACAGCCUUCCUGGCCGAGCUGCUCAGCAGCAACGUGGUGAAUGACCUGCUGCUCCUGGAGUCGCUGCUGGACAACUUGGUGGCCCGGCAGAAGGACACGUGUGCUAGCGUGCGGCGGCUGGCACUGCGUGGCUUGGCCAAUGUCGCCUCUGGCUCCCCCAAUAAGGUGCGGGCCCGCGGCCCCCAGCUCCUGACAUCCAUGAUCGGCGGGCUGGAUGACCGGGACGACCCGCAGAGCCUGGUGGCCCUGGAGGCCAUGGCGGGCCUCGUGAAGCUGCUGGACCUGGUGGAGCCCGCCGACCUGCGGCCGGUGCUCCUGCACGUGGCCAUCCGGAUUCGGCCGUUCUUCGACAGUGAGAAGAUGGAGUUCCGUUCUGCGUCCAUCCGCCUCUUCGGGCACCUCAACAAGGCCUGUCACGGGGACUGCGAGGACGCCUUUGUGGAGCAGGUCGUUGGUGGGCUGGCACCCCUACUACUGCACCUGCGGGACCCCCACGCCCCUGUGGCCAGUGCCUGCAAGUUUGCCCUGCGCAUGUGCGGCCCCAACCUGGAGUGUGAGGAGCUGACGGCUGCCUUCCAGAAGCACCUGCAGGAGGGCCGGGGCCUGCACUUCGGCGAGUUCCUCAACACCACGUGCAAGCACCUGAUGCGUCACUUCCCCGACCUGCUGGGCCGCCUGGUGAGCACCAGCCUGUUCUACUUCAAGAGCUGCUGGGAGGACGUUCGCGCUGCCGCCCCCAUGCUCACGGGGUUCCUGGUGGUGCACGUGGAGCCUGAGCUUCGUCCACAGGUGGACCUGGAGCAUCUGACUGCGGCUCUCCAGCUCCUGCUCAAGGACCCAGCCCCCGCUGUCCGCAUGAAAGCUGCCGAGACCCUGGGCCGCCUGGUGAAGUUCGCCUGAGGCUCCCACA